AUGCCUCCCACAGGCAUGCCUCCCACAGGCCGAGGUCUUGCGGCCGGCGGGCCGUCGACGCUCUGGUUCGAGCACGACGGCGACUACCCCUACGACGCCUUGACGGGCGAGCAUUCCCCCUGGGCCGUGGCGCAGAGCGGCCUGACGGUCUUUGCGCUCUUCGUCAUCGCCCGCUGCUGCGUGCGCCAUGCCUCGUCCUGGUGGCGCGGCCCGGCAGCUCAGCCCCGUGGCGCGGACGCGGCGCCCGACGGCCACGACGAGCGAGAAAAGUGGCGGCGAGAGACGACGACGACGACGGCCUCGGCUGGCGCCGGUGCGAGCCCGAACCUCGUCCUCGACGGAGCGCCCCGCCGUGCGAAGCCGUCGUCGGUCGAUGGCCGGUGGACGAGGGGCCCCGACGCCCUUCCGGGACGCUUCGUCUCGCCGCCGCCCGAGCUGAGCGCCGCCGUCUUCUCCGUCGAGCGCGGGCCGCCGCACCUCGAGGACAGCUUCAUCCAUCAGCCGAACCCCGACUACACGAGCUCGACGGCGUCGUCGGUGCGCACGAGCGAGCGUGAUCCCUCGACGCCGCGCCGUCGCUCCUACCACAAGAUGAUGCCCGUCGACCCCCGCGCGCAUUCGCCGUCGGCCGACUCGACCCUGUCGUCGGGCUCGUCGACGGGUUGCCCCCCGAGCCCGCCGCCGCCGCCGCCGCACUCGUCGAGCGCCGGGGAGGCGCGCCAGCGACGGCGAGAGAUUGACGUCCGGGGCGAGAUUCUCUCCUUUCGGGGCGAGGACGGUGCCGGCUGGACCCGACACACGCGCGUCUACGGCGGCGGCGUCUGCCAAGCGUGCGCCGCCUCGGGUGCCGACGACGGCGGCUUCUACGGCGCGACGGUGCCGAUGGAGGAGAUGAGAUGA